AUGUUUCGGACCGCGGGACCGCCAGAUGGCGCGUGCCUCGUCUGCACGGGGGCGCGUCUCGGCGCCCCUCCAGAGCCGGGCGCGCGGCACGUGCCGGGCGGCACGGCGCGGCGGCCGGCGCGGUCGAUACUGGCGGUGCGGCUGCCCCUUUGUACGCCGCCGGCGGGCACGGCCGGCCGGUCAGCAGCCAGCGGCGCGAACCGCUCAGUAGUGCCGCGGCAAUGCGUGGAGCGGGGAGCCAGGCUGUCCGUGUGUGGCUGGUGACCUGUGUGCUGACCAGCGCCGCCGCCGACCGGCCCGGGUCAUCCGACGGCCGCUCGGUGGGCCGGGCGGCGCGCCUGUGGCCGCGGGGCUCGCCAUCCACGUCCCCACCCGAGGGACGGACGGCGUGCGCGCCCUACCGCGGUCAGGUGUGCGCCUUCCUGCUACUCAACCAGACGGUGCUGGUUCGGCCGCCCGACACGCUGGCCAUCGUGGAGGAGCGCGUGCGAGACGCCCUUUCCGUGGUGCAGGACUCACCCGACCUCUCUCAGGAGUGCAGCGAGUUCGCCGCUCCGGGGAUCUGCCUGUCGGCGUUCCCGCCGUGCGGUGCCGGAGGAGAGCCGCGCCGCAUCUGCCGGGACGAGUGUGAGCUGCUGCGGGACGCCCGCUGUAAGCGCGAGCACGCCAUCGCGCUGGCGCACCCCAUCCUCUCGCAGGUGGAGCUGCCCGUGUGCGAGCGACUGCCGCCGGUGGGCAGUCCGGAGGCGGCCGGCUGUCUGCGGCUCGGUGUGCCGGACGUGGCGCCGCCGCGGCCCGAGGACGCCUGCUUCCACGGGGACGGCGCCGGGUACCGGGGCGUGGAGGCGCGCGCCGCCUCCGGCCGCCGCUGCCGCGCCUGGAGCCGGCACGGCCAGUACGCCCGCCUGGCGCGCCGCCAGCCGGCCGUGCUCGGCGGCCACGCCUUCUGCCGCAACUGGCCGGGCGAGGGACGGCCACAGCCCUGGUGUUACACGGCUUCCGAGGGCGGCGGCGUGCAGGCCGAGCUGUGCGCCGUGCCGCGCUGCCACCGGCCACUGCUCUGGUACAUCUGGUACAUCGUCCUGCCAUGCGGCUCCCUGGCCGUCCUGGCGCUGCUGUCCGUGGCGCUGGGCUGUCUCUGCCGCUGCGCUCGGCGAGGACCGGCGACCAAGAGCAGUGCGGACACCAAGCUGACAGUGGUGGCGGAGAAGCCGAGGACGGACCCGGAGCUGGCCGCUGACCCACCGCCCAAACCACAGGCCAUCGAGCUGGAACUGAAGAGCAUCUCCUUCAAGGAGGAGCUCGGAGAGGGACAGUUUGGCAAGGUGUUCCGCGGCGAGCUCUCCGACUACGGCACGGACGGCGCGCCGCUGCCGGUGGCCGUCAAAACGCUCAAAGAGGACGUCUCUGCGCGCACCGAGCGCGACUUUGAGCGCGAGGGCCGCCUCCUGGCCGAGCUGUGUCACCCGAACAUCGUCCGCCUGCUGGGGGUGGUGCAGCGCGCCACUCCGCGCUGUCUGGUCUUCGAGCGGAUGAGCGGCGGCGACCUGCACGCGCUGCUGGUGGCCCGGUCCCCGCGCGGGGACGGCGCCGCCGGACCGCCGCUGACCGAGCAACACCUGCUGCACAUCGCCACUCAGGUGGCUGACGGAAUGGCCUACCUGGGCACUCACCAUUAUGUGCACCGGGACCUGGCCGCACGCAACUGCCUGGUGGGCGAUAAUUUGACCGUCAAAAUAUCAGACUUCGGUCUCUCCAGAGAUAUUUAUUCUUCAGAUUACUACCGUCUGCAGUCGCGGGCGCUGCUGCCAGUGCGCUGGAUGCCGGCCGAGAGCAUCCUCUACGGCAAGUUCACCACCGAGUCGGACGUCCACAGCUACGGCGUCCUCCUCUGGGAGCUCUUCAGCUUCGGCCUCCAGCCGUACUACGGGUACAGCAGCGCCGAGGUGGUGGAGAUGGUCCGCCGCCGCCAGCUGCUGCCGCGGCCCGACGACGCGCCUGUCGCCGUCUACCAGCUGAUGCUGGACUGCUGGCAGCAGACCCCCGGCCGGCGGCCCACCUUUGACCAGAUCCUGGCCCGUCUGAGUGAGUGGCGGCGGGCCGGGGCGGUCGGAGGAGCCCGCUCGCUGGCGGCCGCCGCCGAGGUGGGCCGAUCGCUGGGUCAGCUGCCUGAGGAUGGUCCGCCGCGGCCGGGAGCCGGCGCCUGCCGCUCCGCCUCACUGCCCCGCGGCGCGGCUCCGGCCGCACUCCGCGGCGGGUCACUGCCCCGACCUGCGGCCCCCGGCGGCGGGUCACUGCCCAGACCCGCAGCCCCGGCCCGACCGCUGAAUGCCAGGACCACAGAGGUGGUGCUGGGCCGCGUCUCCAGCGCUUCUAGUCUGCCCAGCUCCCAAAUCGAUAGGCUCUGAAGGUGCGUCGCGCAGUGACUGCGGAGAGACAAGCUCUGGAGGGUCGAGGGAAGAGAUUGUAUAUUGGCUGUCCACAUCAGAAACAAUUUGUGCAAAUGCGGCGCGUUUGUUACUUUUAUACGGCGGUCAGACCAGUCUGACGGCAAAUAUUCCGAGCGUGAAUUGUUUUGUGCGCUGCGAUUUAUGGCAGAAUAGCUUCUCUGUUGUGAAUGAAUUAUGCAAUAUACCUACAUUUUGUUUGAA